GUCCUCGUGCCGCUCCCUGACGUCAUCGCAGUGCGGACGAAGAUGGCGACGGCUGCCGCCGAGUCCCGCGGAGACGCCGAAGCAGGAGCGAACGAAGCGGCCGCGGGGGUGAAAGCGGAGGAGGAGGAGGAGGAGGAGGCGGCGGCGGCGGAGGAGGAGCGCGAGUGCGGGAGCGCGAGCGGAGGGCGCGCGGGGCGCCUCCUCCUCUACCACUGGACCCAGUCGUUCAGCUCGCAGAAGGUGAGGCUGGCCAUCGCCGAGAAGGGUCUGAAAUGCGAGGAGUACGACGUGAGUCUUCCCCUGAACGAGCACAACGAGCCGUGGUUCAUGCGGCUGAACCCCGCGGGCGAAGUCCCCGUCCUGGUGCACGGCGACAGAGUCAUCUGCGAGCCGACGCAGAUCCUCGACUACCUGGAGGAGCACUUUAAAGACGAAAAUACGCCCAGGUUGAUCCCGGAGGAGGGGAGUAUGUACUACCCCAGGGUACAGCACUACCGCGAGCUGCUGGACUCGCUGCCCAUGGAUGCCUACACCCACGGCUGCAUCCUGCACCCGGAGAUCACCGUGGACUCCCACAUACCGGCGUACGCGUCCGCCCGGAUCCGCGCACAGAUAGGAAACACGGAGUCAGAGCUGAAGAAGCUCGCAGCAGAGAACCCCGAGCUUCAGGAGGCCUACACGGCCAAGCAGAGACGCCUGAAGUCCAAGUUGCUGGAACAUGACAACAUGAAGUACUUGAAGAAGAUACUGGAUGAGCUGGAGAACGUUAUGGACCAGGUGGAAACAGAACUUCAGAGGAGAAUCGAGGAAACUCCGGAGGAGGGAAGCCAGGCCUGGCUGUGCGGGGAGUUCUUCAGCAUGGCUGACGUGUCUCUCGCCGUCACGCUGCACCGCCUCAAGUUCCUGGGCCUGUCGCGGCGCUACUGGGGCAGCGGGACCCGGGUCAACGUGGAGGCCUACUACGAGAGGGUCCUGGAGCGGCCCGCCUUCCGCAGGGUGCUGCGCAGCGUCAACAACAUCCUCAUAUCGGCCGUCCUGCCCGCGGCUUUCCGCGUCGCCAAGAAAAGGGCGCCGACCUUCAUCGGCGCCACCCUGCUGGUGGGCGUAGUGGGCGGGGCCACGUACCUGGCCUUCCUCUUCCUCAGAAGGAGGCUUUUCAUUUCCAAAUGAGAAAAGAGCAAAGGAGCUCGUCAUCGCUGUUCACGACUGCAACUCGAGGUCUCCACGUUCCUCACCGACACACAGCUGGUUAAACCAUUGUUUCGUCUGCAUGGAACUAACGCACAUAAUACAAGUAUAUUAGUUUCGCAGUGCACUGUGCCUGGAGCAAAAAUAAAUUUGCUAAAAUGAUUUUAUUGAUUAUUUUGCUGCCUUUUUCCUUCUUUCUCUUUUUUUUUUUUUCAGACUGCCUGCCAAAAUUCCAACCCCUAGACGACUUGCAAGGUCCAAAACCGCAGUCGCUGUGUAGCGUAAUUGGGAUUCUUCUUGUCCAUUUCUGCAUACCCCGGUACGGAAACGCAGGCGUACUUUUAACGUUUAAACUCGGUCGAGGUGACCGGUCUGUGUUUCAACUGGACGAGUCUGGUCGCUGCGUCGAUGAUAAACGCUAUAGGAGCCCUUAUUGAACGUAAAGUAAAUUUACAGUAAUAUAGGUGAUGCGUUUCUCCAAAGGGACA